UCACAUUGGGACAAAACAGGAAGUCAUGGGUAAUACAGACUGACAGAAGAGGAACAGAUGCUUUAAUCCCGGGUUUCGACCAUGUCUCUGUACAGAAACAGUUCGUUUUUGGUUUUGUUAGCAUUAAAUAUUUAUGCCUUUGUGUCCAAUGAAGGAGUUAACGUCACCGCUUCAGAUUCAGCGGACACAUUGAAACAAACCGCGGGUUUGAGCCCCGCUGCUGGGGCUGCUGCUGCUGUUGUGAACUCGCCUGUGUUUAAACCCGCUGUGAACUCCCUCUUCUCCAUCAAUCUGCUGUCCUUCCCAGAGGACCUGGAGAUCAGCGACUACUGCAGCGACCUGCUGCACAUAUUCGGACAGCGGUAUAUGGCCUAUGUGAACUGCCUGGUUCCUGCAGCCCGACCUGUUAAAGUUUGCCAGAACUGUUUCUCCACUUAUGUCAGCCUCGGGGAGAUCUACACCAACAUCUCAUCAGACAAGAUGGGUCCUGGUAAUGUGAGCUGCAGGGACAGCCUCCUGCGCAGUGAUCGGCUGAUGCUGGUUUAUCUGCUCUACAGCAACCUGGAGGACAUCUGGUCCCAAUCAGCCUGUGAAAACUGUCUCACUAAAGGAUUCCAGAGCCUGACCAAUGACACACUGUACUUCAUGAGCACUCUCAACCAAACUCUCACCUGCUUUGAGAAGUAUCAACAGGGGAACCACACAGAGCUGUGCAAAGACUGCAAGAACACAUACAGAGGUCUGAAUGAGCUGUACAGCCAGAUGGAGAAGAAUAAUACUAUGUGCAUCGACAUAGAAGAUGCGAUGAACAUGACUCGCAGACUGUGGAGUAAGAACUUCAAUUGUUCCUACCCCCGCGAGGAGACGGUGCCUGUCAUCGCUGUGUCCAGCUUCAUGCUCUUUCUGCCCAUCAUCUUCUACUUGAGCAGCUUCCUUCACUCCGAACAAAAGAAACGCAAGCUCAUACACCCCAAACGGGCGAAGUCAUAUGCCAGUCUGAUGAACAUUCAGGACAAGCUGAGCUGAAGAGGACACGGAUGAUGACUUAAAACCGAGGACUGCACUUUUUGUUAUCCGAACCUGGGAGAAGAUUUCACUCCUCUCCGUCUUGUGACUGAGGUUUGAACGUAGAGGAUGCUGAGAUACUGAUCAGUAUUCGGAGGACUUUAAGGAUCUAAACAAGUCAGAGUGAAAUGCUUUCAUGUCCUUAAAUUAUUCCUCUCACAGUGAAGUAAAUGACAUCGGACCACAUCGAACAAAAAACACACAGAAUGUAUAUUUCAAAGGUUUUGUAGCAAAACAAACAAACGAACAAAUAGAAACUGCACACAGACUGUUUUUGAAUCACCUCUUACUGCCAUUAUUUGAGAUCAACUUUAUUUUGGUGAAUUGUCGUGACAUUUUGGAUCUAUAAUAAGCGGUACGUGUGUUUUAAUCAAAGUUUAUCUAACUUUAAAAACUACUAAUUAGAUGGUUGUUGGUGUUGCUGCACAGAUCCUGGACUGUCUUUCCUUUCAACUCGUUAACAAUCCUCAGGUUGUUCAGCGCAUCCUGCAGCCUGAGACACACAGCUGUCACUAGAAAGAGUGAGUGGCUUGAAUGCAGUGUGUGUGUGUGUGUGUGUGUGUGUGUGUGUGUGUGUGUGUGUGUGUGUGUAAGUGAGAUAAGGUGUGUGUGUGGCUCUAUUUAUGGGUUGAGAAAUGGGUUUUCUGUCUCUAAUGUAUGUCCAGACGAGAGCUGCAGAAAAGGAAGCACUUGAUGUCCAUUAGUGGUGACAUGUAUCUGCUGUAAGAAGAGGGGGUGCACAUCAGUGGGGGUGGGGAGAGUAAAAACAGACAUAACACACAUAAUGUAAGAGCACUCCAGAGUACCACACUGUGACGUUACCUGUUUUCCAGUCAGUGUGGGGUUUUUUUGUGUUUUUUUUUUUUUGGCAUAAAGCUUUUAAUGUGCUUCCCACUGAUGUUUAACUUAAUUUGUUAAGGGCUUUCUGACUGCUCAUGACGCUGAUAUCUCCUUAAUGCCUCCUAUAUGAGUUACCAAUGUUGAAUUGAUGAAUUUGCCUAUUUGAAAUGCAUUUCCUGUAAAGUAAUUUAAACCUUCAUUUUGAAUGCAUAAGCUCAAAUAAAUAGUUUGACGUCAGAAAC